GUGAAUAUGAACCUUCAAAUAUCAAUAUUCAAUGACAAUGCCGCACAUCGUUUCUGGAGUACCAUUCAAUCCCAGCUCUCAAUCUCAGAUAUCCUCCUGCUUGUUCUCGUCGUUGCUCAUCAAGAAUAUCGCUUCCUCCACUCUUGGGCCACUUUCAUUGUCGCUUCAGCGCAACGAAACAUUUCCCGCUCCUCGAUUCAUCGCAGACAACCCAGAUGGGCCGAAUACAACAGAUCCCCCGGGAUGGCUCAUUGACCCGUCCAAACCUCAUUCCAACACUCUCGUCGUUGAACUCGAAGAGAAACUCGGCUCUGGUCGGACAGGCAUCGCGUACUCUGCACGGAUCCUCGAUGGUGGCUCUUCUAUCCCAGGUUCUCCUAGACCCACGCACGUUUGCAUCAAAUUUGCAAUGCCUUAUCAUUGUCGGAGCCUAGCUCGAGAAGCAUGGUUCUAUGACCAGCUUCCCGAGGAGCAAAAUUUUCAAGGCAUCAUAACCCCAAGAUACUACGGGUUCUUUACGUCUUCACUUGGGGAUGCCAGUACUAUUGUGCCCUGGGAAGAGGGCAAGGUCGACAUGUCUUUGAUAGCCCCAGAGGAUUACGACGAAGAAGGGGACCUACACCUCGAUUUUCUACCCGAAGACAGGAUGAAGUCUACAGCGGUCGUGGUCAAUGAUGCCUAUACCUCCUCAAGCUGGUAUGAUUGGCAGGCUGAUCCCAAGAAUCCUCUUGUCUCGGUUUUGGUGCUGGAGAAGCUGGGCGACGUAUUCGAUCGGGAAGAAAGGGACAAAUCACAGGCAGCAAUGAAGGAUAUGUCAGACCUCGAAGAGAUCAUGACGGAUCUGACGGCUGCCUACGUCGUACACGCCGAUGUACGGCGGUUCAACUUCCUCAAAGCGCCUGAGGAUUCGUCGAGUAUAUGUCCCCGACAUGGACAUGCCCAUAGGCAUCGGGUUAUUGACUUUGAUCAGUCCCUGAAGACGGAUGAGAAUGCUGUGGAGUGGAACCCAUGGUUUCGUAUAACAAAUGUUGCAACUAUGGAGUAUCCGCAAUUUUGGUGUGAGUUCUCUUGGUAGGAUCAUAUACAGGGAAUGUAAAUUUAUUAUAUCUCAGAGAGUGGAUUUGUUCUGCUCAACAACGUUCGUGUUCUUCGCUUCACCUCUGUUGCCUUCUUCACCUCCACCUUGAACUGCCUCCGGACAGCGUUCGUUACUCAACGUCACCCAUUCGCACUUUCUACUGACCCCUCUUGCUGUUACGCUAGAUCCGAGCCCAAUCUGGUCAAUAGUGUCUGUAAGUAGUAUGGUCGGUUCGUAACCUUUAUUGUCUGCAAACAACAAGAGAAACAGGGCUCGAUAAGAUCCGGGUACC